GUCGCACCACCGCCACUGCCUCUGCCACUACACUGCAGCCCCGGACUCGACUGCGCCGCGAGAGUUCAAUGCCUCGUCGCUUCUUCUUCUUCAUUCAGUCAGCUGUGAACCAAGGCCGCGGUACCUUCUCCUCACGAGCCGAAGAGCUCCCCAGUUCGCUCCACCUUCCCUACCUGAUCGGCACGGAUAUUUCUGUUUUGUUGUGAUUCCUGCUCCUUCUGUUUGGAUUUACUGAACGAGUCCGGUCCACAGUGGAAAAUAAAGCAGUUACUCAUGUCUUCUUUAAGACAAUAAACACAGAUGGUGUGACAAAAAACAACCCGUCCUAGAACUUUCUAGGAUAUCAUCAAAGGGGUGUGUUUGAUACCAUGGACAACUUAUCAAGAUGUUCACUAGUUUUAAUAUUUAUAGUCUUCGAAAUCAUAGCUACCGGCAUAACGACGCCAGUUUGGAGCCCGCAGUCAGCAGGAUUUGGUCGGAACAUCCGCCACCUGCCAUGCCUGAGCAGGCGGACCGGGGAGACGGGGUGUGUAUGUUCGCCUUCUCCUGCGCCAAAGCGAACGGUACGCACCUGGGAACGUGCAUAGACCGCUUCUACUUCGGCAGUUGCUGCAAAGUAGCGCUCCAGAACGAGGGCUUGGCCGAGCCUCUAGAUAGCAACCAUAUCUUCGAGGAAACUCCGGUGUUGUCGACGGAGAGCUACCACCUUUCGACCUACCAGUCGGUGCAAACUGUUCUCAACACAACGGCAAAACCAACGAUAUCAGUGCAGAAGACGACGACGCCGCGGACAACGUCCCAGAUGACAACUCUAAAAGUCACCAGAAAGCCGACGACUACAAUCAAGCCGACUGUUUCAGUACCUUCGACGGCAUACACUCACAAACCAAUCACUUCCAGUAAACCUGCCGGCACAAAACCUCACACGCAGACUAGCACCCUGAAGCCCAGACCUUCCAGCAAACCGUCACAGAAACCUCCAAGCAAUCCGUCGAGUAAACCCUCAUUAGUUUCUCGACCUGUCACUAACUCAUCUGCCUCAAAACCACCUGGAAAACCUGUGGUUUCGACUAAACCAAAACCGUCCAACACGACAACACAUUCCAAACCCCAAGUAAAGCCUAGUCCUCAGAAACCGUCCAACGGCACAAUAACAAAGCCGUCCAAACCUGCCCCUACCAAACGUCCCGUCGUAUCAAAUACGACAAAACCAUCUCGUCCCCAUCCUCAAAAACCUGCCCAAUCGACAUCGAAACCGUCCUCAAAACCGACAUUGAAACCGUCGUUUAAACCGACAUCAAAACCUACUCAAAAACCUCCAAAAAUAACAGCAGCUACCAAACCUCAAACUAAACCUACGCUUAAACCAGUGCCGGUUGUUACAACUGGGUCUUCGACGGACCCAAAUUACAUUAAAGUUCCAGUUGUAACUGUUCCUACUCUCUCAAAACCUUCUUCAGAAUCGACGACGAUCAGCAACGAAGUAGUCCAGAAACCAGGGUCCAACGUGACGAACCCCACUCUAGAUGCCGACGAAGAAAGCUCCAACGUUAUAAACGGUUCUCCGGCCAGCCCUACCACAACUUCGCCUCUGCUAGUGACCUGGACUACAGUAGAUGAGGUGCCUGUACCACCACUACCGAAACCCGUGUCUACUCCUAGCUCAGGAGUCGUCAAAAAUGAAACGAAGCCUGUGGUCGGUGCUACGACGCAGUCCUCACAAACCUGGGUGCAGGUGUCUGUGUCUACCACUCGGCCAUCCACAGAAUCAACAAAGCCAGAUUUGACACCAGAAGUCCACUCAACUUCACCAAGUCCAAUAACCCAAGCUACCGUGAACUCAACAGUAACAAUACCGACCACGGAGGCAACAACAACAACAUCAACUACAACUACUACAACUACAACGGUCGCUCCAACAACGACAACAACAGCACCAACAUCACCGAGUACCACCACCACCGCCAUAGCCAGCACUACGUUAGUUACAACUGAAGCCACUGCUAACAACGAAGUGAACACGGCAAAUCUUAACAUGACCAAUUACCUAGACGUGUGCGGCCGCCGGCUCUUCCCGCAGUCCAGGAUAGUGGGCGGAGAGAAGGCAACCUUCGGGAAGUGGCCUUGGCAGAUAUCCUUAAGGCAGUGGAGAACAUCAACUUAUCUCCAUAAAUGUGGUGCAGCUUUGCUGAAUGAAAAUUGGGCAAUCACAGCAGCUCAUUGUGUAGAAAACGUUGCUCCAAGUGAUCUACUUCUGCGUCUGGGAGAACAUGACUUAUCACUGGAGGACGAGCCAUAUGGCUAUCAGGAACGAAGGGUACAGAUUGUCGCCUCUCAUCCCCAGUUCGACCCAAGAACCUUUGAGUAUGAUCUCGCGCUCCUGCGAUUCUACGAGCCUGUUACCUUCCAGCCCAACAUCAUCCCUGUUUGUGUUCCCCAGGAUGACACCAACUUUGUGGGUUCCACAGCUUACGUCACAGGAUGGGGUAGACUUUAUGAAGAUGGACCACUCCCUAGUGUGCUCCAAGAGGUAUCAGUUCCAGUGAUCAACAACACAGUGUGUGAGACCAUGUAUCGUGCAGCUGGCUACAUCGAACACAUUCCUGAGAUCUUCAUCUGUGCAGGAUACAAGAAAGGAGGCUUUGACUCCUGUGAGGGUGAUUCCGGAGGUCCGAUGGUAAUACAACGACCUGACAAGAGGUGGCUGCUGGCUGGAGUCAUCUCCUGGGGUAUUGGCUGUGCGGAACCUAACCAGCCUGGGGUCUACACUCGCAUCUCGGAAUUCAGGGGUUGGAUCAACCAGAUACUGCAAUUCUAGACUCAGUACACUGACACAUCAACAGACAAGGAAGAAAACUAAGAACAUUCUAGGUUACAGUGCCCUUUGGGAGUGAUCUUAUAAACUUCACAAAGUUUGUGUGACACCUGACAUGAGAAGCUCACCAAUCAACACAAAAUGUAGUAUGAUAUUAAUGAAACACAUACUGUGUGGUCUCUUUUCAUACAUUGAUUUGGCCAAAUUUUAGAGCAAAAUAUGCUACUGUAAGGAUACAUAUCCUAUUUUAUUGUUUCUUCCUUAUUUAUUAAAAUGAAGUUUUUGCAUUACUGUUAGCAUAGCCAAAGUAUAUAGGUUUUAAUUUUACCAAUAUUUUACACUUUAUGAAGACAACUGAAAUGUCUCUAUUUUCAGAUACAUGAAGGAACAACCAAACAUGUAAUGUUCAGACAUGACUUAUUAAGUUUAAUGUAAGUCCUGACAUGAAAUUGAACACUUCUAUUCAGUGCAAAUUUUUAUUUUUUGUACUUUGGAAUCGCCCGUUGUUAGAAGUAGUUACUUUAAGUUUUACUUAAAUAUGUGAUAUCUUUAUUGUACUACUGUUGUUUAUACUGUGAAACGCUUGUAUAUUUUGUUAUUUAAUUAUGGUGUUGUUCUAGUUAAUAUUUAUUUAUUUAUUUAUUAUCUAGUUCACAAAAACUCAUAUGUCACUAAUUAUGUAUUCAGCUAUUUAUUCUUACACAGCUGUUUUUACAGCUUUGUGUAUUGUGAUAUGA